AAAAUACCGUACUCCGUUUUAAAAGCUCAUAAAUGGUUCAAAUCAACAUUUCAUCAUCGUAAAAUGUAGUUCAUGAGUCACAUAAUAUAUUUUCCGUGGUAGAAAUUUGUUUAUCAUUAGUGAAUACAAAUUUAACUCGGUAAAAUCAACGAACCACACUAAAAUUCUUUUUUUCAAAAAUAAUUGAUUCAACUUCCGGUUAAAAAUGGCAUUGGAAAAUGAAAAUCCACUAGUCUUCGAAGCCGCUAAAGACCGUCAGAUUACUCCUGAGGAAGAAGAUGAUGAUGUAGUUGAUAAAAUAGAUAAUAGAGAAGUAUUUGAUUUGAUCCGUGACAUCAAUGACCCAGAGCAUCCUUUAAGCUUGGAAGAACUGAAUGUUGUCACCUGUAGCCAAGUACACGUUGAUGAUGACAAGAAUGAAGUCUCAAUACAAUUUACUCCCACAAUCCCACACUGCAGUAUGGCCACUCUGAUUGGUCUAUCAAUACGAGUUAAGCUUCUCCGGGCCCUUCCAGCUAGAUUUAAGGUUGAUGUCCAGAUCUACCCAGGAACACAUGCCUCAGAAGAUGCAGUAAACAAACAGCUAGCUGAUAAAGAAAGAGUCGCUGCAGCUUUAGAGAACUCUCACCUCCUUGAGGUGGUCAACCAAUGUCUAACUAGCAGGAAGACUUGAUAGCAACUUUGGAAUAAUGAAUGUGUAUCAUAUAUAGUGUACAGAAAUUAUCUGGCUAUUGCUAGAUAGGUCAGCCAAUGUCUAAUACUAUCAGGAAGACUUGAUAGCAACUCUGGAAUAUAUGUACAUGUAUGUCUAAAUGUAUGUAGGUUACAAAUCUCACAGAGCCUGGCAUGUACAGAACUACCCCUGGAGACCUUCAUAUUAUACAGAAACCUUAACGGAUACAGUAGAACAGAGUGCUUAUUUAUGAGGGGUGUAUUCCUGCUAUGGUUUCCCUACAUUGAUGA